AUGACCAAGUGGUCAGAGCAGGCCAACGUCGAGUUGGUCGUGGCGGUGCUCAAAUUGUACGGCGAAAAGAUCGACCUGGGCCCCAUUGUUGAAUCGAUCGGGAGCAGCGAAGUGAAGAUUGUGUGGCCCAAAGUGGUCGAAAAGAUGGCAGCAAACAACUUUCAAUUCUCGAAGGAUAGCAUCCGGAGCCAGUUCGGACGUCUUCGUUCAGGAACCGCAACCGGACAGCCAAAGUCCGCUGAAAAGAAGCCGGCAAACCGAAAGCUCGACCCCAAAGCUGAGGAAGAUGCCGCGAACGCUACAGCCGACGUUCAGAAAAACGACGACGCCGAUCAGGAUGUUGAGAAAGUCGAUAAUGAGGGACAAGGAGACGACGGUCUCGAAGACCCAGUGAGUGGUCAGACUCUGGGCAAGGUGUACGCAGGUAAAAGACCUCCGGGAACUCAUGCCGCUCAGACCGGUGCGCAAAAGGCCGAGCUAGAGGCUCAUGAGGGUGGUGAGGAGAACGAUCAGAAUACCGGCGAAGGGGAUGCUGGUGAUGCGUCUGUCGACGAAGGUCUUUGA